GUGCCCUUCAAAAGCUCAAAGAGCGUAUAAUUUGACAAGUUUGACGAGUAACGGGGCUCACCUACCUUGUUUGCCACUUGAUUGAGUCAGGAUGGCAAACAACGUUGAGGAAGAGGAUUAUGGGGAAAGUGGGGAGGAUCAGAAGCUCCCAGAGUUGAAGCUUGGAGAUGCACGCCAGGCCCAGAGCUUCAUCAACUACUUCAGGGGACUUCCUGAGGAUUCUCAGGUCAUCCGCUUCUUUGACAGAAAAGAGUUCUACUCCGUCCAUGGGGACGAUGCGGUUUUCAUUGCCCGGAACUAUCACAAGACCAUGGCCGCAGUAAAGCAAUUAGGGAACCCCCCAAACACACUCGCGGGAUUGUCUCUGCAUCGGAAGCUCUUUGAGACGGUCUUGAGGGACCUUCUGCUAGAGAGGGGGGAUCACACGGUCGAGCUUUAUGAGGGCAGCGGUUCAAACUGGCGCCUCACAAAAACUGCAACACCUGGAAAGCUUGGCAGCUUUGAGGAUGUCCUCUUCAACGCGUCCAACGACAUGCAAGAGUCGCCCGUCGUGAUGGCCAUCUUCCCGUCCGCCAAGGAGAACGAGCGCCUGGUCGGGAUGGCGUUUGUGGACAUGACGAAGCGGUUGAUUGGGGCAACGGAGUUUUUGGACGAUGACCAGUACACGAAUCUUGAGUCGGCCAUGGUAGCGCUUGGGUGCAAAGAGUGCGUGCUUCCGCAGGACGGAGCCAAGACCCCGGAUGGCCGAAAGCUGCGCGACGUAAUGGCGCGCUGCGAGGUACUGACGACGGAGCGGAAGCGCGCCGAGUUCAAGGCGCGGGACGUGGAACAAGACAUGGCGAGGCUUGUGAAGGGCUCAGCGGAGCAGCACCGGGGCCUGGGGGACACGGAGAAUGCGGCGGCAGCGCUUGCAGCGGUGCUGGCGUACACCGAGCUCCUGGCCGACAGCACCAACUACGGCAAGUACCACCUGCAGCCGUACAGCCUCAAUACGUAUAUGCGCCUGGACGCAGCGGCGCUCAAGGCGCUCAACGUACAAGAGAGCAAAACGGACGCGAACAAGACGUUCAGCCUGUUUGGUCUGAUGAACCGGACGUGCACGGCGGGGAUGGGCAAGCGCCUCCUCAACCGCUGGCUCAAGCAGCCGCUGCUUGACGUAGAGCAGAUCGGAAAGCGGCACGACGUGGUGGCCGCGUUCGUGGAGGACGCUUCCGUCCGGCAGGACCUCCGCUUCCAGCUCAAGCGGAUUCCGGACAUCGAGCGGCUCGCCCGGAAGCUGGAGACCAAGCGGGCCAGCCUCGCGGACAUCGUCAAACUAUACCAGGCCAGCGUGCGAUUGCCGAUCAUAACCGGUGUCCUACAGCGAUACGAGGGCGAGUUUGAGCCUCUUUUAUCAGAAAGCUAUACGGACCCCCUGAAAAAGCACAGCACAGCGGAGCAGCUGGGCAAGUACGAGGGCCUGGUCGAGACAGCGGUCGACUUGGACCAGAUCGAACACGGGGAGUAUAUCAUCGCGCCAGGGUAUGAUCCCAGUUUGCAGAAGAUCAAAGACGAGCGAGAUAAGUGUGAGGCGCAGAUCCGGGACGUGUAUGCGGAGGCGGCGCGGUAUCUGGGGCUCAAGGGGCAGGACGUGGAGAAGGUGCUCAAGUUGGACCGAAAUCCGCAGCACGGGCACGUGUUCCGGCUGACGAAGAAGGAGGAGCCCAAGUACCGCAAGAAGAUCACGACGACGCCGUACCACAUGGUGGAGACGCGCAAGGACGGCGUCAAGUUCUCGACCAGCAAGCUCAAGCGGCUGAGCGACACGUACGUCAAGCUGACGGAGGACUACAACACCACGCAAAAGGAGCUGGUCGGGACGGUGGUCAACAUCGCGGCGUCGUUUGUGGAGAUCUUUGAGUCCGUAGCCGCAAUUGUGAGCCAGCUGGACGUGUUGCUCAGCUUCGCGGACCUGUCCGUGAACGCGCCCCUGCCGUACGUGCGUCCGACCAUGACGUCAUGCGACGAGGGCGACAUCGUGCUGCGCGGCAGCCGUCACCCCUGCGUCGAGGUCCAGGAUGACGUCAGCUUCAUCGCCAAUGACUGCAAGCUGGUGCGCGGCAAGAGCUGGUUCCAGCUGAUCACCGGCCCCAACAUGGGCGGCAAGUCGACCUUCAUCCGGCAGGUCGGUGUGAACGUGCUCAUGGCCCAGGUCGGCUGCUUCGUGCCCUGCGACUCCGCUGACAUCAGCGUGCGCGACUGCAUCUUCGCGCGCGUCGGGGCGGGCGACUGCCAGCUGCGCGGCGUGUCGACGUUCAUGGCGGAGAUGCUGGAGACGAGCGCGAUCCUGAAGGCGGCCACCCAGAACUCGCUCAUCAUCAUCGACGAACUAGGGCGGGGGACGUCCACCUACGACGGCUUCGGUCUUGCCUGGGCCAUCUGCGAGUACCUGACCGAAGUCACGCGCGCGCCGACUCUGUUCGCGACCCACUUCCACGAGCUGACCGCCCUCGCCAGCACCGCCGGGCAAGCCCCGGUGCACGGGCCCCCCAGGGGUCCCCCGGUCGGGGUGGCCAACUACCACGUCAGCGCGCACAUCGACGAGGAGACGCGGAAACUCACGAUGCUGUACAAGGUUGAGGAAGGCCCGUGCGACCAGAGCUUUGGUAUUUACGUGGCCGAGUUUGCGCACUUUCCCGAGAACGUGGUGGCGCUCGCGCGGAAAAAGGCGGAGGAGCUCGAAGACUUCACACCUGCCGACCAGCAGGCAGACGGGGAGGUCGGCGCAAAACGGAAACGGGUGUCCGGGCCGGACGACACCGCACGGGGAGCCGCCCGCGUGCGCGCCUUUCUGCGGGACUUUGCCGCGUUGCCGAUUGAUCAGAUGAGCCCCGACGAGGCAGUGAAAGCUGCGGAGGACCUAAAAAAGUCGUUAGAGCAGGACGCGGCAGCCAACCCUUGGCUUCAACAAAUCUUGUAACUUGCAGAUUGACCGCGAGCUUUCAAGACCUCCUUGUCGAUCCCAGCCGUGGCGGGUUUCCUAUACUGCUAGGAUUCAGGCAAAGCAGAUGCCCGUUGGUCACUCUGCGGAUGAUUCUCAACAGUACUGAUUCAAGCAUACUAGCUGUAUACAAACGCAGUGUACGGAGAUGCACUUGUUUCAAUAUGCUUCCAUGACUCAUCAAUACGUACCGCGAGCAUACGAUUCUGAGCUAAGCCUGUGUCCAAUCUGCCCAAUCAAGCGGGACCACAAUCAUUGAAAAAAAAACUGUACAGUCGGCACCAGCGUUAUUGCUUCGCAUUGCGGCUCUUCGUGCUACGUCGAGCUAGA